CCGAUGAUUCCGGCUAUCUCAGCCAAAAACACGUCAUUCUCUAAUGUCUUGAGUUUUGUUGAGUGUUACAUCAGAUGGAAUAGCUAGUCACGAGCCUGUUGAUUUUAUAAUGAGUUUAUUCUAAUUGAGCAAUUUGUGCGGGUGAGCGACCGAGAGUUCCCGGAAUUCAAUGGGGAGAUAUUUGAGUUUAGUGGUUUAAUACCGCCUGGGUGACCCGCGGUGAGUCAUAUUUAGCUCAGUUACAUGGCUCCCCCGACGACCAUGGCCCAUCGAUUUCUCUGUGACGCACCUUCUCAUCGUAUGCUUUGUUUAUUCAUUCGUUGAUUGAUAAACAACGAUCGAUUUGCGGUGAAGAGAGCAGUCAUUCAUGAAAAUUUCAUCCUGAAUUAACGGAAUUAAUGGCUAAUUGUUCUCUGAGAAAUUUCAUGUUUUGCGCUUUACCAGGGGGAGGAUUCACGGGCAAAACCAAUUGUGAGUCUACACUCGAUCGAUAUACACGGCUGACGCACACGGAAAACCUCGUCGGCGGUGAAUUUGAGUGACGGGGUCAUGUUGGCGCAGCAGAAUUUAUUGUUCUAUCCUUCGUCGGUUUCCUUGAACGAUUUCAGUCCACAGAUUCGUGGGAGUAGCGGCUGGUGGCUGCAAUUUCGGGCGAAAUUUCCGGGAAUUUCCACCAGUGGAAUUCCUCGCGAGUGGAUCAGUCCAAUGAGAAUUGCAGAAGUGAUUAUCCAACACCGCAUCGUCUGUCCACUAAGUCAACAGGAAUUUCCCUCGCAUGGACUGCACAUUCCAGCCUGUGACGGUACUGUCUGACACAUCAAGGACCCAACGUUUUUCUUCAUUAUUUGUCUUUACAUCCGUACAUCUCAAGAAUCAGUAACAUAUACGGAUGGUAUAUAGGAUGUAAGACGGAUGUCAUGUAUGCGUGCAUUUGCGUGCCGUAAAUAACGGUGCGCCAACGGGGGAGAAGACGUUUAAAAAUAAGUUCACCCUACGAAAAGAGAGGAGAACGGUGAUAUUGAGAAGUGCAUGCAUCCCCUUAAUUUUCUUUUGCAUGUGUGACACACGAGAUGAAAAAAAAAAAUUCCAUUUCAACCGAAUUCACUGAAUUUAUUUCAAGUAUUUUUGCCGGCAUGAAAUUGGCAAAUCGUCGUGCAGCGAUUGCCGGGGAAAUAAUAGUCCCUAUCAAUACGUAUCAAUUUCUGUAAUUUAAUGGAAUUGGAAAUAUUGGCGGGAUGACAUUACCGGCAUCGAUUAUCGUCAGUCGCUUUUCAUGUGGUACAUUUCAGUGGUACUCGAUUCAUUCGAGUAUAUCUACACACAUGUGUCUGUCUCGCUCUGAUCGCUGGAUAUUACCCGGGUAGAGGCGGGUAAGCGGACACUAUUAUGUCACAACAUCACACACCACCAGUGGCAAGGUAUAGAGCGAAGUCAGGCCAUGAACCCAAGAACAGCCAGGCACGUUGCUCAUAGCACACGUGAUUCUAUCUAUUCCGUUUCUAUUCGCUGCAUCGACAUAAUGAUUAAGUCGUGAUGAAUUCACUUCUAUUGUACGAUUGAUUGUCCACCAUUUCUUUAUUUCAUUAUCGCUCUGCAUUCUACAAAUAACUUGUCAGUGCUUCAGAAUUUUGGCGGUUUUUAUUUUAAUUUAAAUAAAUUUUCAGAAUGAUCUUUUAAUUUGUGUCUAGAAAUCGAAAUAUGUCCAAAUGUUGCCUGUGCGCCUCAUUUUCUUGUGGUAUUUUUGGGGAUUUUUGAGUAGGUCAGGAAGUGAGUCCAGCUGGUGGGUCUUAUCUCCUUACUUCCAUGUCUCCCCCAAUUUCCUUCACAAUUUUAACGUUCUCUCUCAUCUCCAAAAUUAACCCAAUGUAUUUACUCACAAUUACAAAUACGGAAGGCUUCAUAAUAUAAAUAAGGUGAACAAUAAUUUGAAUUGGAAGAGUUAGCGAAUUAUUGUCAAUGGUCUACUGGAACCUCUCUUCCCUGUGAUUUAUUUUCAGAGGAACGUGUUUGUAAACACGUAGCUACUUAUCCUUAAUAUACUCAACGUGACAUAACGAAGGUUCUAGCAACGUAAAAUCUAUUAAUAAGAGAAAAAGAAAAUCUUUGCAGUUCGAAGACAACAACUGUCGAUUACAUCUUAUUCUUCGUUCUGUUUGGAUUCUUUUAUUUAUCGAUGCAUCCGUUUGCAGAUGCGAUAACAGGUGUUCGUGAUAAGCAGCAUCAUCUUGUUACAUCUCUUCUCUUGCCCCCCCCCUCUUUGCCGCUCUCCUACCACCCUAGGAAAGCCUAUAAACUUCCUGCGGAGAAUUAUAUAUUCAAACAUUAUGUUUCUCGUCACGUUUGUAAACACGAAUGGUAACAAGUAGCUGAAAAAAAUUAUCUGGCCAUGAACUGUGUCGCAUUUUUAGUUGCAACUUAACUCAACCGAGGUAGAGGUGCCAUUAACUGUCCAUCAACGAUUUUAUGGCGUGAUGCAGACGGCUUUCAACUUCGGCCGUGUGUAUAUUUUUGGAUUUUCGUCACAAGCCGGGUGAGACAUUGUUGGGGAAGGUACUGGAUUGGUUCAUCAAGCAUGAGAGCAGUGAAUUCCCAUGUCCAUGAAUUUUUAAUUGUGUUAUUAAAAGGCUGGAAGUUUCAUUGUAAUGGGGAAAGCCGAUUUAUGUGUUUAGAUUGCGGAAAUAAUUGUCUGAGUAAAUGAUUCGCACCACCUUGUUCGGGAAAUUUACCAACAAAUCGGAGAUUAUUGCAAAACGAUCUUAUUUCCACUGCUUAUAGGUGAGACGUCGAUUGAUUAUAAAGAUACGAAUGAUUGCGGAAUUAUUUUCAAAGGUAUAUCGGCACGAAGAGAAAUUCUGUUGAAAUAAUUGAAUCGAAAUUUCUGAUUUUUUAUCUAAAUUUACAUUGAUUUAUUUUCACAUCAUAAUAACAUACAUUCAAUACAAAUCAUUAAUAUUUAUUUACAAUACAUUACAAUGUUAAAAGUCAAGGGAUCGCGUAAUCAUCAUCAAUUGAUCAUUAUUAUGUUGAUUCAUUGAAGUAAUAAAAUCCACCAUAGCCUGCAGUGGUAAUAACAUCACAAUAACAUGACAAUCAGUAAUUAAUGUCAUUGAAUCAUUCAAUACAUCGAUUCAUUCUACGAAUUAAAUAUCUCCCUUCAAACCGUGAUAAAAUAUCCAUACGACUCAUUCAUACUCUCCUGUCUGUUAUUUGAUCAAGUGAUCGAUCGCGGGUACCCAUUUCCGAAUUAUUUAAUUAACGAUGAUAUCAAUUCAACGAAAUUGUGAAACCCACCAUGCCUGCAGUGGUAAUAGCGUAGCAAUUUACAUUGAAUUAAUUUAAAUGACAGAGAGCUGUUUAUUCUCAUCUCGAGAUUCAUCGAUCAAGCCCUGCACUUGCGACCAGGUUUUCUGCAGCAACGAAAGCUGUCAUCACUCGAGUCGUAAUCAGAGGAGCCGUAGGACGUUGAGUGCUCUUUAACAAAAAUCAUCAAGUGGUUGCAUAAUAUAUGGAAAUUAAGGAAUUUUCAUUAAUUUACUUAUCACUUCGGGACAUUGAGGUCCUCAAUUUUUAGAUUAUCAAUGUUAUUGUUGGCAUGAAUGGAUUGAUGAUUUUUUCACUCACUUGUACGACGUUUUGUUGGUUUCCUUUUGUUAACGAGCUUAGCCUGACGGGCAGCCUGCACCUUUUUCCCACCCCUUUUCUUGGACGAGGUGAAGGGGCACUCAAAGCCGUCAGAGGAGUCGCUCUCUGACUCCGAGGAGGAGGUGGUGUAAUCAGAUGAGGAUGUGUAACUGGAUGACUCGUU